UUAUCUGGUCCCCAAGUGUUUCAGAGAACCGUCCAGCCUCGCGUUUACUAAUAUUCGCACUAAAAUAGGUUUUAAUUCUUUUUACAGCCUGCGCGAACAGAAACGCUCUUCUGUCGUUUAGAUUCCGUUAAAGAUGAUUUCUUCCGCCGAAGCAGACAGAUGUCGUGCGAAUAGUUGUCGUGUUAGCCAAUUAGCUUGCUAGCUAACGUUAGCACGUAGAGCUAAUCUUCUUGCUUUAGAUAAUCCAGUCCCAGCCUCUUUAUCGUCUUUAUUGUCGUCUUGAAAUUCGGAUGGUAAAUUGUGAGUAGUUUAAGGUGAACUGCAACUAAUGACCCUUGCUGUUUUAUGACCGGAUAACACACCUGGAAGAAUUACACCUCACUUUCCCUCAAAGAUAAAACACUCAGCGGAGACCGACGAUGGAGAUCCACCUUCAUCGAGUUGAUUAUAUUCAGGUCGGUGUGACAUCCCAGAAAACCAUGAAGCUGCUUCCAGCAUUGGGAAGAAAGGCAACCCAAAAGGUUGCUGUUGCUGAUCAUGAUGGUAUACUAACAUGUUUUGGGAUGAAGAAGGGAGAAGCAGUGCCCGUCUUUAAAACACUUCCAGGGCAGAAAAUAGCCAGAAUGGGCCUCGGAGGAGCUGCGGGGACUCCUCAGGAGAAGAUCUUUGUUUGCUCUGGUUCUCAGGUCCGAGGAUUCACCAAGAAAGGCAAACAGUUCCUCACCUUUGAAGCCAACCUCACUGAGAGCAUUAACGCCAUGCAUGUCUCAGGCGCUGACCUUUUUGUGUGUGCGAGUUACAUUUACAACCACUACUGUGACUGCAAGGACCAAGACUACUACCUCUCCGGAGACAAAAUCAACGAUAUCACGUGUUUGUCCUCAGAAAACCUGACUCGCCUCGUCCCGGUCCUGGCCUGCCAAGAUCGGGUUCUCAGAGUCUUGCAGGGAUCCGAGCUUGCCUAUGACGUUGAAGUCCCCGGCCCUCCGUCAGUCCUGGAACAGUACAACAAAGAUGGAGGUGAGGAAAUCCUCUACGGUACUACAGAUGGCAAAAUCGGACUAGUCCACAUCGGUGAGAGCUCAGCCGCGACAAAAUGGGAGAUCGACAACGAAAAAAAGAAAGGAGGGAUUCUCUGCAUCGACACGUAUGACAUUAUUGGAGACGGAGUGAAUGACGUCCUGGUGGGCAGGGAUGAUGGGACGGUUGAGGUCUAUGGUUUCGACAGCACCAGCGGGCCCACGUUACGCUUUGAGCAUGUGCUGUCAGAGAGCGUGACUUCCAUCCAGGGCGGCUGCGUGGGGAAGGAGUCUUAUGAUGAGGUCUUGACUGCCACUUACACAGGGUGGGUGACUGGUUUGACCACUGAGCCCCAGAAGGCUGAGGCCGGCCCCGGAGACGAGGUCAGGAUGAGUAAAGAGACUCAGUCCAAAGUAGAGGCUCUCAGGGCAGAGCUGGAGCAGCUGCAGGUCAAAGUCCUGCAGGGUCGUGAGCAGUACCAGCAGACCUCCCAGUCGAGCACAGCCGUCUCUGCUGUUCCCGUCUUCAGCGUCAAUGACAAGUUCACCCUCUGUCAGGACGACGCCAGCUACAGCCUCACUCUGGAGGUGCAGACCGCCAUCGACAAUCUGCUGCUUCAGAGUGACGUCCCCAUAGACCUGCUGGAUGUGGAUAAGAACUCGGCUGUUGUCAGUUUCAGCGAAUGUGACUCAGAGCAGCCUAAUGGGAACUUCCUCCUGGCUACGUACAGAUGUCAGGCCAACACGACCAGACUCGAACUCAAGGUGCGGUCCAUCGAGGGACAGUUUGGGACCCUGCAGGCCUACAUCACACCCAGACUGCAACCUAAGACAUGCCAGGUCCGCCAGUACCAGAUCAAACCUCUGUCCCUCCACCAGCGGACACACAGCAUCGACCAAGACAGGCCCAUGAACAGGCUCAGUCUGGUGGGACAGUUCAGUUUUGCUGAGAUCCACUCCUGGGUGGUCUUCUGUUUGCCAGAGGUGCCCGAAAAAACACCAGCGGGAGAGAGCAUCACUUUCUAUUUCCACAACACUUUUCUCGGGACUCAGCUUGAGGCCACCUACUGCAAAGGUGAGGGUCACUUCAGGUCAGACAACAUCUCCACCAUCUCUAUACUGAGCGAUGUUCUCUCGAAAGAAGCCACCAAGAGGAAAAUCAAUCUGAACAUCUCGUACGAUAUCAGUGAUGACUCUGUGAGUCACACCCUGAAGAUGAUCCAUCCGAAGCUGGAGUACCAGCUGCUGUUGGCCAGAAAAGUUCAGCUUAUCGAUGCACUUAAAGAGCUUCAGGUUCAUGAGGGGAACGCUGACUUCCUCAUCCCGGAGUACCGUGACAUCCUGGAUGAGUCCGCCAAUCUCCUCGAGGAGUACAAGAAGCAGCCGGCGCACCUCGAGAGGCUUUAUGGGAUGAUCACAGACCUCUUCAUCGACAAAUUCAAGUUCAAAGGCCAGAAUGUGAAAACCAAGGUGUCCUCGUUGCUCGAGAUACUCGAUAAUUAUGACUUAAAUUCUCUGUUAGACUUUUUUAAUGAGGCGUGAUAUCACAUGUAGAUCGGAGCGUAUUUAUUAACUUGUCUUGAAGCGUCUUUAACUGUGCUAUUUUUGUAUUGUAAAUACAAAAGUUUUGUUUAGAGUUACUAGCAGUGUUUAUGUCAUAUUGCCAUUUAGAUACUGUUUUACCUU